AUGGCAAGUGCUGAAGCAAAAGUAGAAAGUCCAUCAACUGAUAUUGAUUCUUUCACUUAUCCAGAUGAUGUCUUGGUUGAUGGGGACACUUCAGGGCCCGGCCCUGUCGGCCCGGAUACUUCCCAGCCCGACCCGGAUUACGUCACCUCAAAGCAACUUCAGGAUAAAGAUGAAGAAGGGAAAAAAGAGUGUGGAAAAAAAGGUGGACAGAACCUGAAAUCUACUCUCAUGAUUUCAGGGGCGGUGGUAGCAGUUAUUGGAGCCAUUUUUGCUAUUGCCAUGAAAAUUAAAGAGGCUUGA